AUGCCGAAGCUUGGCCAUUCAAUGGUGGUGAAUUUGUCUACGAAGAUUACAAGGGUGUGUCGUCCACCACUUACCCUCGCGUGCUCCGUUGCCUGGCCUUUUAUCGCUUUCUCGACAUCCGCCGGCAGUUCAUUAGCUUGGGCGCAAUUCCUUGUCCCCGCAAAACCCCUGCUUCUGGAUCCUUGGCUGGUGAAAUACAUUGCGAGCGCAACAGUGGGAGGUAUAAGCUUCUUGGCAUACCGUUCCCCUCGCUACCUUAUCAGGGCAAAUACAUUGCUGGGGGUUUUCAAAGCUGCGUUACUGGUACUAUUAGUGGUCACAGGUCUCACAGCGUGGAUCACCCACAGUCACACCGUACCGGGUCUCACAAACUUCAACCAUCAUUUCCAUGAGCGAGUACCUUUCUCGAACUAUGCCUUGGCAACUAUUCUAGUUUUCUUUUGCUAUUCAGGAUUUAACAGUGCAAAUUACGUGACCUCCGAGAUUAAGGGCGGGCUCAACCAUCAUGGAGACGAGCGCUCCGAAGUUCGCCAGAAACAUCUAAGACGGGGGACUCUCCGGGCAGUUGUACUCGUCUCGUUUCUAUACUGUUGCUUUAAUUUUUUACUGCCUUUCAACCUUGCCCCCGGAACAUUGGUUACAUACCUUGUAUCUAUUUGCAUAGCAGUCUCAUCGCUGGGCACUGUAGUUAGCACCGUUUUCACAAACAGUAGAGCGAUUAGAGAAGUUGCGUACAGGAAAUUAGCCCCUGUUUAUGAGAUGUUUCAACAGAGCUCAGAGCACGGCAUAUCAAGAUUCGAUAGGACAGGGACGCCAACAGGUGCCAUUCUUCUUCACGCUUUGGUCACUUGCGUCAUCAUUUCAUUUGUUCCUACGGUAGAUGAGUUCCCAGAAGGCAUUUUCUUUGCGACAUCUUUGUCUAUUCUUGGUCAAUCUCUAUCAAAUAGUCUCCUUGGAUUUGGAAUCGGAAUUAGGUUCAUGAAAUUACGCAAUCUGCACAUUGAAAAUCGGUCUUCAUCUGGCAGUCAAGGCUUUGCCUUAGAUCAGCACUCUCCAUAUGGAUCACCCACGGAAGACCCAACGAAUGCGAGUCGAGGAGGAGUACCUCAUGAGCAAACAGAAAACCAGAGGUCUGUCCAGACAUCCGCAUCGAUAUAUGAAGAGGCCGUGUCCGAGCAGCCUACAAAUGUAGGAGUUCAGAUUGAAACAACAGAGUACAGCGACCCAGGACGAAGACACUCAAUUUCCAAUCCACCACAAGCGAGUUCAAAUUUUAUAGCGUCUCACACGGAAAUGUCUCGCACUCUGAAUUGGAGCCUUCACAAAGCGAAAAAAUAUCUAAUCUUGAUCUGGAAAUGGAUAGCAGUUGUGGUUUUCACCACAACCAAUAUAUUCAUCAUCGUGGCACUAUGUCUCCCUACGGAUAAUCCAGACGGAACGCCUCGCAGGCUCAAUUCUCCGAUUUUAUUACCAGCGAUUGUCUUUUCAAUCUGCGGCGCCGGAGCUUUGUAUGGCCUCUUCAUUCUCCUGGUCAGCUUCGACUUCUAUUACAACACGGGUCAGGACGAAGCAGUAUCCGAGAAGGAGCAGGGGUGGCAUUUCAAAUUCCCGGUCUUCAUGAAGAAGGCUUCCAUAAGAGAUCAAGAGAUAGCCAAUUCAGAGUCAGAGACUUUGCUGCUGCAGACCCAACCAGAGAGCAAACUUGUUUGGCUUCGAGCCGUGGAAAGGAGAGAGUUUCCCGGAGUAUUUAAUAAAGAUGUUUGGAGAGUAUUUUGCGGUCGGCUUAAGCUCAAGGCAGGAGAGCAGGCAGUAUGAGUUGAUUUUAUAACCUGUAUAAGUCCGCAAUAUAACUGUAAGAGGAGAUUACUGUAUAGGGGCUUAAUGUCUAAAAUUGGUAAGAAUCGUAUACUCAGAGAAACAAAUUCUUGGGGAACUUGAGGAGACGGGGCAUGGAGAGCAUCUUGUGGCG